GAUGAAUCAAUAGUCGCAAUGUUUACAAAAUAUAACAGGUAGAUGCGAAGCCAGAGGACAUAAAAUGUAAUUAAUUAUAACCAUGUCUAGUCGUGAAUUAAGUGCAAUACUUCUGCUCAUUGGAGCAAUGUUGGUAACAGUGUCCCACGCCUCGAAUGGCGACCGCACACAGUUUUUUCACAACUGCCGGCAGAACUGUGAGCGAACGAACUGCUCGGCAGAUGGACUUGAGAUACAAGAACAGGCAGUGAAGUUCUACAAGCAGUCCGUGUUCGACCGGCUCUUCCAAUGGAGCUGCGCUGACGAGUGCCAAUACGGCUGCAUGUGGAGGACAGUGUUCGCCUUCUUUGAACGUGGAUGGCCUAUUCCGCAGUUCUAUGGCAAGUGGCCCUUUCUGCGCCUGCUGGGAAUGCAGGAGCCAGCCUCCGUGUUGUUCUCGGCACUAAAUUUUGCCGUGCACCUGCGGAUGCUGCGAAAAUUUCGAAGGGAAGUGCGUCCCGACAGUCCCUGCUAUAUGCUAACCCACAUAUUUGGAGUGACAAGUCUUAAUGGUUGGGUGUGGUCAGCCAUUUUCCACACAAGAGAUUUUCCGCUGACUGAGCUGCUGGACUACGCCUUUGCCUACUCCAUCAUACUGUGCUCACUAUACGCCAUGGUGAUGCGGAUGCUGCACCGCUACUCCCUGUUCCUGCGCGGAGUGAUCUCUUUGGCCUUUCUCUCCUACUACAUUAACUACUUCGCUUACCUGAGCGUGGGCAAAUUCAGCUACUCGUUUAAUAUGAUGGUAAAUAUUGCCACGGGCGUAAUCUCGGCCGCUGGCUGGUUUGUGUGGUGCCAUUUCGUGCGCAAACGCAGACCAUACUUUCGCAAGAUCCUACGCUUCUAUGUUCUCAUGGCCCUGGCCAUGGGUCUCGAGCUGCUGGACUUCCCCCCAAUACUUUGGAUUUUUGAUGCCCACGCUUUGUGGCACUUGGCCACCGUUCCGCUGGCAUCUCUCUACUACGAAUUCAUGAUAGAGGAUUGUCGAACUCUGCGACAGGAAAAAGCAGCGGCUGGCGGCUAUGCGUAUUACAACUAGGAUAAUUAGGGGCUAACUCUAUUCAAUUGUACUCGCUUCGUUCCAAAAAAGUCAUCUUUGCAUCUUUAUUACAAAACUCCACGUUUCA